AGAGAUAUUUAGAGUGAAAUGGAUAGAAUUAUCAAGGCCGGUAGCUCGCAGAUUGAUUCGAUAAUUGAAUGUAUUCGCAAUAAAGUAGAAAGUUUUAAUGAAGAACCUGUUGUUAAAAAGCUGACGGUACACGCCAAUGAAACCGAGAACCGAGAAGACUCUAAGCAUAGAAUCGACAGAGAAAUCUCACAACUAGAAUCGGUAAUUAAAAAAUUACAAAACGAAAUAAAUGAGAUGGCUUCUAACUCUGACCAAUCUAAGCAGGAAUUCCGACCUGAAGUCACUGAUGAUAUCGACAAAGAUUUACUCAUACCUGACGCUGAUCCAGAAAAAAUGAUUCCACAAAUAAUAAAGAGCAUAGAUUUAAAUGCGAGGGAUGAUACAAAUUUUCCUGUCAAAAUAAGUUACUCCAAAGAUCUCAAAAUAGCAGAUAGUCAAAAAAGUAUUGUAACAGUGAAACCAAAGGUAGAAGACGAAAUACCAGACAGCGAAUAUUGGGACGACGGACUCGAACAACUAGUACGUGAGCUGAAAUCCGAAAUCAACGACAAAAUGGACUCUAUGGAAGACGUUGAACCAGGAGAGAGCUCACAAAAAUGUAAUAAGAGUGAAAUGUCUUAAUAAACCGGGCAUUGCUGA